UAAGAGCUUUACCCAGCGGCAGCGACGAGGAGACAGAUUCUUCUCCCCCCACGGCCACACCCACGCACCGCAGCGCCGCCUCGUCUCCUCUCGCCGGCGAUGGAGGAGGUGGGCGGGGACAUGCCUCUCCCGAAACAGAAGCUCUCCGCUGCACCGUACAGGGACGGAGGUGGCGUCGUGCUCGUGGCCACUGGGAGCUUUAACCCUCCCACCUACAUGCACCUGCGCAUGUUUGAGCUGGCAAAGGAUGAACUCGAGCUGCGAGGUUAUUCUGUGUUGGGCGGCUACAUGUCUCCGGUGAAUGAUGCAUAUAAGAAGAAGGACCUCUUACCGGCUGCUCACCGAAUUCGCUUUUGUGAACUUGCGUCCAAAAGCUCAUCUUUUGUGAUGGUUGAUCCGUGGGAGGCAAUGCAGAAUGGUUAUCAGCGCACUUUGACCGUUCUUUCGAGAAUACGAAACUCACUAUGCAAGGAUGGUGUAGCUGACCAAGGUAGCCUCAAGGUAAUGCUUUUAUGUGGCUCUGACUUGCUCGAGUCAUUCACCACUCCAGGUGUUUGGAUCCUAGACCAGGUCAGAACCAUAUGCCAGGACUUUGGUGUCGUAUGCAUACGGCGAGAAGGAAAGGAUGUUGGAAAAUUGAUAGACAACAGCGAUAUAUUGCAAGAAUGCAGGGAUAACAUUAUUUCGGUUGAUGAGAUUGUGCCAAAUCAGAUCAGUUCAUCCAGAGUAAGAGACUGCAUAAGAAGAUCUCUAUCGAUAAAGUAUCUCACUAGUGAUGAAGUAAUUGAAUACAUCAGAGAACACAAGCUGUUUAUGGAAGGCAAUGGCGGCGACAUAGCAUUGCUGUAAUAGAGGUAUUUGGAGGUAAACUCUGUAAUCGACAAGGAUCGGCUGUGGACGUCUACCUCAGGAGUCAGGAUACCAUCUGGACCGUGCAUUCUGGGCAAUUACUUCGCACAAACACAGAAAUAAACGGAACUGGCCACUUAAAUUACUACUAUAUUUUUGUUAAAUUUGAUUCUGGAGGUUGAAGUGAGUUGCAUGUUGAUUAAUUUUGCUUUUGUGCCAGAAUCAAGUGCUACAUACAACAUGAAUUCUGACAACCAUAUAAAUGCCAAGGUUAUUCUGACAUAGCAAUCGUGGAUAUAGCAUCGGUUAGACAAACAUAUCAUAAAGAAUUAAGCCUCAUUUGCAGACAGUUCUGAUGUAUAUAAGCACAGACAAAAGAUGUCUCUGUAACGGAUUCUAUUGAACAGAACACAUGCCAUUAUACAACUGAUCAACUGCUUUA